AUGGACGCGAUCGAGGAGCUCUCUCAGCUGUCCGACUCCAUGCGGCAAGCGGCGGCGUUGCUCGCUGACGAGGACGUUGACGAGGCCGCCAGCACGUCCUCUAGACGCGCAUCCACUUUCCUCAACGUUGUUGCCCUGGGAAAUGUUGGUGCUGGUAAAUCCGCUGUCUUGAACAGUUUAAUUGGACAUCCAGUUCUGCCAACUGGUGAAAAUGGUGCAACUCGAUCUCCUAUAAGCAUCGAUUUACAGAAGGAUGGUUCCUUGAGCAGCAAGUCAAUUAUUCUGCAAAUUGACAAUAAGUCUCAACAAGUUUCUGCAAGUGCUUUACGGCACUCCUUGCAGGACCGCCUGAGUAAGAGUGCGUCCGGGAAGAACCGAGAUGAAAUUUAUCUAAAACUACGCACAAGCACAGCUCCUCCCUUGAAACUAAUUGAUUUACCUGGGUUAGAUCAACGGAUCAUGGACGAUUCGAUGGUUAGUGAUUAUGCUGAGCGCAACGAUGCGAUAUUGCUGGUUGUUGUUCCUGCUGCCCAAGCACCUGAAAUAUCUUCGUCUCGGGCUCUCAGGGUUGCUAAGGAGUGUGAUGGAGAAAGCACCAGAACCAUUGGUGUGAUUAGUAAAAUCGAUCAAGCUGCUUCUGACCAGAAAGCCCUUGCAGCGGUUCAAGCUCUUUUGCUAAAUCAAGGGCCGCCUAAAACUGCUGACAUCCAGUGGGUUGCCUUAAUUGGUCAAUCUGUUUCUAUUGCUUCUGCACAGUCUGGGUCUGAGAACUCAUUGGAGACUGCAUGGAAGGCAGAGAGUGAGAGUCUGAAAUCCAUACUGACUGGAGCGCCCCAGAGUAAGCUGGGUAGAGUAGCUUUGGUGGAUGCUCUGGCACAGCAGAUCCGUAGACGUAUGAAAGUUCGGAUCCCUAACCUCCUAUCAGGUUUACAAGGGAAAUCCCAAAUAGUUCAAGAUGAGCUAGUAAGGCUUGGGGAGCAGAUGGUCUCAAGUUCUGAGGGUACAAAAGCAUUGGCCUUGGAACUUUGCCGUGAAUUUGAGGAUAAAUUUCUCCAACAUGUUACUACUGGUGAGGGUUCAGGCUGGAAGAUUGUUGCCAGCUUUGAGGGUAAUUUUCCAAAUAGGAUGAAACAGCUCCCUCUAGAAAGACAUUUUGACAUCAAUAAUGUUAAGCGGAUUGUGUUGGAAGCAGAUGGGUAUCAGCCAUAUCUGAUAUCACCAGAAAAAGGGUUGAGAUCACUAAUAAAAGGUGUCCUGGAACUUGCUAAAGAACCAGCACGCCUUUGUGUUGAUGAGGUGCACCGUGUCCUGGUUGAUAUAGUCUCUGCAUCCGCAAAUUCUACUCCGGGUUUGGGGAGAUAUCCUCCUUUCAAAAGAGAGGUUAUUGCCAUUGCAACUAAUGCAUUAGAAGGGUUCAAAGGUGAAGCAAAGAAGAUGGUUGUCGCACUAGUUGAUAUGGAACGAGCAUUUGUGCCUCCACAGCACUUCAUCCGUUUGGUGCAAAGGAGAAUGGAGAGACAACGACGAGAGGAUGAGCUUAAGAACAGGUCAUCCAGGAAGGGACAUGAUGCAGAGCAAUCAAUACUGAACAGGGCAACUAGUCCCCAGACAGAUGGUCAAGGAGGGAGCUUGAAAUCACUGAAAGAUAAAUCAAGUCAGUUAGAAAAAGAAGGAGAGGGUUCUCUGAAAGUUGCUGGAGCCGAAGGAGAAAUAACAGCAGGUUUUCUAUUAAAAAGGAGUGUUAAAAAGUCUGAUGGGUGGACCAAGCGGUGGUUUGUUUUGAAUGAGAAGACUGGGAAGCUUGGUUACACCAAGAAGCAGGAAGAGAGACACUUUCGUGGUGUGAUCACCUUAGAGGAGUGCAAUGUUGAAGAUAUUGUAGAGGAUGAAGAACCCCCGGCAAAAGAUAAAAAGGAUAAGAAGGAUAAGAAAGCCAAUGGACCAGAUUCCAAGGGGUACAAUCUCGUUUUCAAAAUUAGCAGCAAGGUUCCCUACAAAACAGUGGUGAAAACCCAUGGUACACUUAUUUUGAAGGCUGAGAGUGCCGCUGAUAAGGCGCAGUGGCUCAGCAAAAUAUCGAAAAUUGCUCAAAUUUCAAGACCACAGCCUAGGGGUGCUUCCCCGGAAGGUGGUCCCACUAUGCGCCAGAGUCUCUCUGAUGGUUCUCUCGAUUCAAUGGUUCGAAGGCCUGCAGAUCCUGAAGAGGAGCUUCGAUGGAUGUCCCAAGAAGUACGGGGUUAUGUCGAAGCAGUUUUGAAUAGCUUGGCUGCUAAUGUUCCCAAAGCAGUAGUGCUUUGCCAAGUGGAAAAAUCCAAAGAAGAUAUGUUGAACCAGCUCUACAGCUCUGUCAGUUCUCAAAGCGCUGGAAGGAUUGAGGAGUUGCUUCAAGAGGACCACAAUGUAAAGCAUAGGAGAGAGCGGUACCAGAAGCAGUCAUCGCUGCUGUCUAAAUUAACACGUCAGCUCAGCAUUCACGACAACCGGGCUGCAGCUGCUGCUGUUUCCACCAUGCCGAACGGCAGUGCAGAGAGCAGCCCUCGGACAAAUGGUCCACCUGUAGGUGACGACUGGAGAUCCGCAUUCGAUGCUGCCGCCAAUGGCUCGGUGGAUUACGGCCGAUCUUCAUCAAACGGUCGCAGCAGACACUCGUCGCAGAAUGGAGAUGUGAAUGCGAGCGGCCGCCGCACUCCGAACCGGUUGCCACCUGCGCCACCGGGUUCCUCUGGGUAUAGAUUUUAA